AUGCCGGUUGCAAGGGGAAGAGCCUCCUCUGCGCUUCCGGCUACCGCUGAUGGGAAAGUUGCUUUUCUUGUAGAACAGCCGGGGAGGAGCAAGAAGUUCCCGAGCCCCUCGUGAGUGAGCUGGACGGGUGACCGCAGGAGCGAUGGCAGGCAUGGUCUCGGAGCUGAAGUUCUUGGUGCCCUGGGGCCACCUUGCAGCCAAGGCAUGGGGAUCUCCACAAGGCCGACCUGUGGUCUGUUUGCAUGGAUGGCAGGACAACGCUAACACAUUCAGCAGGCUCAUUCCUUUACUGCCUAAAGACUGUUAUUACAUGGCAGUGGAUUUGGGUGGGCAUGGCCUGUCAUCCCACCGGCCGGCAGGGUAUCCGUAUCACUUCCUAGACUAUGUGAAUGAUGUGCGCAGGGUAGUAGCAGCAUUGAAUUGGAGUCAAUUUUCCCUCAUGGGUCACAGUUUAGGUGGAGUAGUUGCAGGCAUGUUUGCGUGUGUUUUCCCUGAAAUGGUGGACAAGCUGAUCCUGUUGGAAUCAUUUGGCCCAGGACCUAAGGACUGGGGGAAAAUGCUGAAGUUAAAGCGAAUGGUAAUUGAGAAACUGCUGGAAUUUGAGGCCAACCAGCAACAUCCCCCUAAAGUGCGCAGCCCUCAAGAGGCUCUUCAGAGGCUAUUAGAGGCAAACAAGCACCUAACAGAAGAGAGUGGAAAUAUAUUAUUGCAGCGAGGGGCUAUGGAAGUGUCAGGAGGUUUAGUUUAUAACAGAGAUGUGAGAAUCGCUAUGCAAAUCCCUUGGGAUGAAAAUUUAAACAUCUUGAAAGCAAUCCAGGCUGAUGUACUGUUGAUCACAGCACAAAGUGGGAUUUCUUCUGGAAGUUACUAUGCUGUCCCUGAUGAUCAACUCCAGGAAACAUUCAGGACCUUCCUAAAAGAGCGUUUUCACUUCGUCAGAGUUGCUGGAAAUCACUUUGUCCACCUGAAUGAGCCUGAGGUUGUGGCUGGGAUAAUCAGCACCUUCUUAAGUAAGGACCAGCACCUCAAAGCUAAUCUGUAGCCAUCAUCAACAUCAUAGUGGUCCUAACCAACAGAUGGAUUCCAUGUGAAGACCCGGUCCUGCUUUAGAGAGAAUAGUGUUGUUGAGCUCUGUGCAAGAGUAAAGCUUGUGCCCUAGUAUUGACAGCUUGCACAGGAGAGAACUUCUGGACAUCCAAGGUUCCUGUAGUAGGAUGGAGUGAACAGUUGAACCAUAUGUACUAUUGCCAAGAAUGUGCCUUAAAUUAGGAAAAACCUUUUUGCUGCUUAUUCAUUAUUGUCUGGCCAUGAAGCAUUUAGUAUGAACAGUUUUGUUAUAUUUGUACUGAAUGGCUAAGUCAGAUUCAGAUUUUCCUUAAUGCCUUGAUGUUUUAUACACAAAAGCUGAGUAGGAGCAUAUGUGCGGACUGUGGGAUUGUCUUCAAAUUUUAAAUUCAUGUGCUUGAUAUUAA